AUGUUAAGCCCCGAAGAGACGCCGAUCACCGAGGAGCAGAGACGGCUGUCGCAGAAUGGUGUCCUGAACGCAGCAUUCAUACAGCAUCCACCACCAUCGCAGAAUGCGCCAUCGUUGCAAACAACAUCGGACAUCACAAUGAUACAGCAAAUGCUGCACCUGUUACAGCAGCAAAUGGCCCAACAGCAGCAGCAAAUGACACAGCAGCAGCAACUAUUUUCUCAGCUUAUGCAGCAACGGGAACAGCAGCAACCUACACCAGUGACCCAUUAUAGUGAGCUUCAACCUUCCGCGAAACCCAGCAAUCCGGAGCUCAUCCUCGAAGCUCUUGCUGGCAACAUUACCGAGUUUCAUCAUGAUGCGGAAGCCAACAUCACAUUUGAGUCAUGGUACGCGCGAUACGAUGAUCUUUUCUCGCAAGAUGCAUCCCGUUUGGACGACGCAGCAAAAGUUCGACUCCUUGGACGAAAGUUAGGAGCAGGCGAGUAUGCUCGUUUCACCAAUUUCAUUUUACCGCGUGCCCCCCGUGACCUUUCAUUUUCAGAAAUGGUGGAAAAGCUCACGGUGCUUUUUGGCAAAAUGGAGUCGACCCUAAGCAAGCGGUAUAAAUGUUUGAGCAUCACCAAAUCGCGCUCCGAGGAUCUUUUGUCAUUCACCGGCCGAGUAAACCGCGCAUGCGUCGAUUUUGAAUUUGCAUCUAUGACAGAAGAGCAAUUCAAAUGUCUCGUCCUGGUAUGCGGAUUGAAGGAUGAAUGUGAUCGUGAUAUUCGUGUCAGGCUGCUUGCUAGCAUGGAAGAGCGCACAGAUGCAACCCUAGCGCAGCUAGCAGAAGAUUGCCACCGGCUAGCACGAGUUAAAGCGGAUAGUGCUAUGAUCGCGACCGAUACGAGCGAACGUGUGCACGCGGUCCAUGCGGGUGGAGAUAAGCAGCGGUACCAGAAGAACGACGAGCGAAACUCCAAACCGUUUGACAGAAGCACUGGUUCCAAACCCCGUAAUCCGUGUUGGCUUUGUGGUGCAUUGCAUUGGUCCAGGGAAUGCACGUACAAGGCGCACAAGUGUCGUGAUUGCGGUCGCAUCGGUCAUCGAGAGGGACAUUGCGCUUCCUCACACCGCCGCACGAGGCAUAAGAAAUUUCACCAGCGACCAUUCGUAGCAACCAGAGUGGUACGAGUCAACGUCUGCAGUGUCCAGCAGCACAGAAAAUUUGUAACCAUCCAGAUCGAGAAUAAAUCAGCAAGGUUACAAUUGGAUACCGGCUCGGAUAUCUCGGUUAUCAGCCAGCGCAUGUGGAAGCAGUUGGGUAAACCAUAUCUGACACCAGUAACGGUAAGAGCCAAAGCAGCAUCCGGUGACGUCCUCAGACUGGAAGGUGAGUUCAUAGCGAACGUGUCCAUUGCAAACCGUACAAAGCGAGCUACCAUAAGAGUGUCCAAAAUGGAGUUGGCGUUGUUGGGAGCGGACAUGGUUAAUCUUUUCGCCCUAGGAACGAUCCCGAUGGAUAAUUUUUGCAACAACAUUAAAGAAGCAGAUCCACGGUCCUGGGAGGACAAAUUUCCGUCGGUAUUCCAUGGCACGGGGAUUUGUACCAAAGCCAGCGUUCAUCUGCAGCUACGAAAAGAUGCCCGUCCAGUGUUUCGUCCCAAGCGCCCCGUUGCGUAUGCAAUGGAAGAGAUUGUCAACAAGGAGCUCGAUCGGUUGGAAGGCUUGGGCAUUAUAUCACCUGUCGAUUACUCGGAUUGGGCAGCACCAGUCGUAGUGGUCAGGAAGGCUAACGGACAGAUACGACUAUGCGGCGAUUAUUCGACCGGCCUGAAUGCAGCUUUACACCCGCAUGAGUAUCCACUUCCGUUACCACAGGAUAUUUUCUCUAAACUGGCUAGAUGCAAAAUAUUUACACAACUCGAUCUUUCAGAUGCGUUUCUCCAGGUGGAAAUAGAGACAGGAUGUCGGCCAUUGCUCACGAUUAACACACACCGAGGCCUUUACCACUACAAUAGACUUCCCCCAGGCAUCAAAGUAGCACCGGGAGCAUUCCAGCAGAUCAUGGACAAGAUGCUCGCCGGCAUAAACGGAGUAUCAGCCUAUAUGGAUGACGUGAUUAUCGGUGGUAAAACGCAAGAAGAGCACGACAUCGCCCUGGAGGAAACAAUCAAACGCAUACAAGACUAUGGCUUUACAAUACGGUCAGAAAAGUGUGCGUUCAAUAAGCCACAAAUCCGCUAUUUAGGGCAUAUUAUAGACAGCCAAGGCCUCAGACCUGACCCGUUGAAGAUCGAAGCCAUUAAAAAACUGCCUCCACCCAAAGAUAUCUCAGGAGUACGAUCAUUCAUCGGUGCGGUGAACUACUAUGCAAAGUUCAUCCCAAGUAUUAGAGAUCUGCGUUACCCAAUGGACAAAUUGCUGCAAAAUGGUAACACAUUUGAAUGGACACCGGAAUGCCAAAAAGUGUUCGAGCGUUUCAAAACCGUUCUUUCGUCAGACCUCCUGCUCACACAUUAUGACCCGAAGCUUGACAUUGUGGUUUCGGCCGAUGCUUCAUCUAUUGGACUUGGGGCAACGCUUAGUCACAAAUUUCCUGAUGGAUCUCUUAAGGUGGUGCAACACGCAUCUAGAGCGCUGAGUAAGGCUGAAGAGGGUUACAGCCAAAUCGAUCGAGAAGGUCUCGCCAUCAUAUUUGCUCUUUACGACAUGACCAUCGAAUACAUCCCCACUGGUUCUUUUGGCAACGCCGACGUUCUUUCUCGCCUCAUACAAAACCAUGCGAAACCAGAGUCGGAAUACAUCGUAGCAAGCAUCGAAUUAGAGCAGGAUCUCAGAGACAUUGAGCUCUACACUCAGCAAGAUCCGUCGCUCCAGAAGGUUUACAAGUACGUGCGAGAUGGUUGGCCUCGCGACGUAGCUUACGGAACAGAUCUUGCACGGCUCUACGAUAGAAGGGAAUCGCUGACCAACGUGGAUGGCUGCAUUCUUUUUGGAGAGAGAGUAGUCAUCCCGGAGAAGCUGCGCAAUCGCUGUUUAAAUCAACUACACCGAGGACAUCCGGGAAUGCAGAGGAUGAAAGCGGUUGCACGUAGCUACGUAUAUUGGCCUAAGUUGGAUGACGACAUAGCACGUUAUGUGGCCUCCUGCGAGGCAUGUGCAGCAGCGGCAAAAUCACCACCAAGGGCAACAUCAAUGGCGUGGCCAAAACCUUCGGCAGUUUGGAACCGAGUUCACAUCGAUUACGCGGGCCCUUGGGAGGGCGUUUAUUUCCUGGUUGUAGUCGACGCGUAUUCCAAAUGGCCGGAGAUCGUCAAAACUACGAGCACCACCACAACAGCCACGAUUACCAUUCUAAGGAACUUGUUUGCUCGUUUCGGUAUGCCUGCAACCUUAGUCAGCGACAAUGGCACACAGUUCGUUAGCGGUCCGUUCAAGGAGUUUUGUCAGCACAACGGGAUUGAGCAUAUUACUACGGCUCCCUUUCACCCACAGUCGAACGGACAGGCGGAGCGAUUCGUCGAUACUCUUAAACGUUCUUUGAGGAAGAUCAGAACGGAGGAGAGUAAGCUAGAUGAGGACUUGGAGCUUUUCCUGAUGACGUAUCGUUCUACACCAAAUGCUCAACUCGAACAGCAGAGAAGUCCAGCGGAGGAAAUGUUCGGUCGCCCGAUAAGAACUGCAUUGGAGCUAUUGCGACCUCCUUCAUCGUGUGAAGAAUCUUCCCCAUCAUCAUCAAUUUCAUCAGUUCGCAGAUUUCAUCGCAGCGACACAGUUUGGGCAAAGUAUUUUAGCAACAACUCGUGGAAGUGGAUCCCAGGGGAGAUUGUCCGCAGCUGCGGGCGUGUAAUGUUCGAGAUCGUUGCCGAAGAUGGACGAUUGUUAAGGCGUCACGUGAAUCAGCUGAGACGACGAGUUGGUAACGGUUCAUCUCCAGCAGUUCAGCUACCCCUUGACGUGCUGUUGGCGGAAUGGAAGGCAUCCAGUCAGCCCGAGGGUGGACAUCAUGUACCGGCAACCCAUUCUACUGAUCAGUCUGCAUUUGAGACAUCCCAACACACUGCGGCCUCCACACCACCACAACCGCAGCAGGCCCUGGAGACCGAACAUCCUACAGAAGGUACGAACCAGCAGCAGAUAGGCGUGCCACGUAGGUCUUCUCGCGUUAGAAGACUCCCCCGUCGGCUUGGAGCCUAUCAGCUCAAUUAA